AAGUCCACGGAAAAGCAGCAAAACAUGUGACAACUUUGAGUGACAGUCCCUCUUUGGUAGCAGUCAGAGGCGAAUCCCAUCAGAUGGUUUCCAGUCUGAUCGCUGCAGGGGCUCGGGUGGAGCAGGUGUGUCUGAAAAAGUGGACGGCCGUGCACGAGGCCUCCAGGGCCGGCUGCGUUCGUGUCAUGGAGCUCCUGUUGCAGAACGGAGGUCGUGUCUCUGAGACAGACCAGCACGGAGUGACUCCUCUGGGCAUCGCUGCAGAGUACAGCCACUCUGAAGUCCUGGAGCUCCUCAUCAAACACGGUGCUGAUGUAAACGCCCAGGCGCCAAAUGGCGACAGCGUCCUGUACGACGCUGCAGGUUCGGGGAAUCCAGACUGUAUCAACAUCCUGCUGCAGCACGGAGCAAAUCCCAACAUCCGCAACCUGAGCUCCCAGCUGCCCCUCCACCACGCCGCGUACGAGGGACACUACCUAGCUUUGAGGAUUUUGAUCCCGAUCACUACUCGACGGGCCCUGCGGCUGUCGGGCCACAGUCCCGUACACUCUGCCGCUGACGGGGGCCACACUCACUGCCUGGAGCUCCUGCUGCAGAAAGGCUUCGACGUCAAUGCGCAGUUAGCCCCUCACAUCUCUGACAAUUAUGGAGACAUGAGAAGAAGCCCGCUGUACUUUGCCGUCUCCAACGGGGAUGCGACCUGCACCCAGAUUCUGCUGAAGUCUGGAGCCAAACCGGACCUGGACCCGCUGCGCUGCCUCCUGGUGGCGGUCAGGUCGGGGCGCUAUGAGAUCGUGAAGCUGCUGCUGGCGGCCAAAGCAGAUGUGAACUGUUACUUCACCAUGUUGAACAACACAGUGUUUCCCACGGCGCUGCAGUACUGCCUGAAGGACGAGGUGAUGAUGAGGCUGCUGCUCAACAACGGCUACGAUGCCGAGAAGUGUUUCUGUUGCAACCACGAGGACGACUGGGACGACCUGAGCGAGUCCGCUUACUCACAAGAUCAAGAGAAAAAAGUUGCUUUUUGUGAUUUCGUCAGCGUCUCCUGGCUGGUGAACCUGGUGGGCCGAAUCGUGUCGAUCCUCCUGGAGUACGUCGGUCAGGUUUCGCUCUGCGGAAAACUGACCAAGAUCCUGGAGAGACACAAGGAGUGGCCUCACAUUCACAGGACAACACGUAACCCUCGCUCCCUGUCUCACCUGAGCAGAGUGGUGAUCAGGAGACACCUGAGCUGCAGCGCUCUGAUGUCCGUCCAGCUGCCCAACAGACUGAAGGACUACCUGCUGUUCAAAGAGAACGACCUGUACGCCAAAAUCAUCUGCAGGGAGGACUGAGGGGACGGCCAUCAAUACUUUAUCUCCUGGGUCUUAAAUUUUGGUGAUGAGUUUGUGUUUUAUUACCUGUAACAGGGCCUGUAUUUAGCAAAUAUCUGAAUUACACGUAAAAAUGCUCUAAAGAGCCAAUGUAGGAGGAAAACAGCGUGAAAACGGAUCAUGUAUGACUGUAAGUGACUUUUUCCACAUUGUUUUAAAGGGGCAUUACGACUAUUAUCACUUUUAUCGUCAUGUGAGGUGACUCAGAUUUCUGGGACUCAAGUGUUGGAUAAAAGAGUUUCUUUACUGUGAAUCUUUUUUUGUUUGUAAAACAUAACAGACCAGCCAGGUGAUGUUCAGAGCAUUAGAGA